UAAACAACAACCAAACGCUAUGAUGUCAGCAGAAGCGACGGAAAUGAAAAAUAUAAGCAGGCUCAGAAGCAGACUCGUGGUCGUGCUCGUCGCUUCGACAGUUGCGAUGCUCGUCAUCCUGGUAGUUCUGUCCUUCUUCGUACCGCGGGCCACCUCUUCUGAAGAGCAGCCAUCGACGAAACCCAACAUUAUUUUUAUUCUGGCUGAUGAUUUGGGAUGGAACGACGUCGGAUUCCACGGCAGCAACCAAAUUCCAACGCCCAACAUCGACGCUCUUGCCUACUCGGGAAUUAUCCUGAACGAUUACUAUGCAACACCACUCUGCACGCCUUCUAGGUCGGCUCUGUUUACAGGGAAGCAUCCCAUUCACACUGGAAUGCAGCACGAAGUCAUUUACGGCUUUGAGCCGUGGGGCUUGGGGCUGGAAGAGCGUUUGCUCCCUGAGUACUUCAAAGACCUGGGAUACGCGACGCAUUUGGUGGGCAAGUGGCACCUGGGCCAUUUCAAGAAGGAGUACACACCGACAUUCCGGGGUUUUGACUCGCAUUUCGGCUACUGGUGCGGCCACACUGACUACUACGACCACAACUCUGAGGAGGCGCCUGCCUUUUGGGGCCACGACCUGAAAAGCGGCAUGAUGACGAGGAGGGACCUGGUUGGAAACUACACUACCACCUUAUUUUCGGACGAGGCUGUCAGGCUGAUCGACGCACACGACGAAUCUGAGCCCAUGUUGCUUGUGGUUUCGCAUUCGGCACCGCACGCUGGAAACCCUGCCAUUCCUUUGCAGGCACCCGAUGACAUCGUGGCUAAGUUCAAGGUGGAAAAUAUUCCCGACGCCCGCAGGCAAAUUUACGCAGCAAUGGUCUGGCUGCUGGACAGGUCUGUCGGGCAAAUCAUUAGCGCGCUUUCUAGAAAGGGCAUGCUUGACAACUCGAUCGUCAUCUUCAGCUCUGAUAACGGGGGUGCGGGCGCAAACUACAACCGAAAUGUUGCCAGCAAUUGGCCCCUUAGAGGAGGAAAAGACACAACUUGGGAGGGAGGCGUGAAGGUGGCGGGUCUAAUUUGGAGUCCGCUCCUGAAAGAAGCCAACAAGGUUUUCAACAAGAUCUGCAGUAUCCAAGACUGGCUACCGACUCUGCUUGCGGCCGCGGGUGGAAAAAUCGUGGACGGAAUUGACGGGAAAAACAUUUGGCCGGCGCUGAAUAACUCCUCGCGCGACACCUACGACCAAAUUUUGGUCCAAAUUGACGACCUCAGAAACAUUUCCGCCGUCAGAAAAGGGAGAUACAAGUUACUCUCGGGAACUACUUGGAAAGGACGCUAUGACGUUUCGAUUGGAUCAGAGGGCCGCAAGGGGGAGUACGAUUUGCGUGGUAUUCAAACGAGUGAAGCAGCAAGUGCUCUGAAACGCACAACCAGGCCUUUACCAAAUAAGUUCGUGAUUAAAAAUUUGAGAAAUCUAGCAACGGUUACAUGCCCUCCUGAUGAUGACCGAUUUAUCUGCAAGCCUUUAGAAGGAGAAGAUUGUCUAUUUGAUUUGUCACAAGAUCCGUGUGAGGCAAUUAACUUGGCCAGAAAAUAUCCACACAUAGUGAACCACCUGAAGUCUCUUUUGGCGACUUGCAACGAGACAGCAGUGCAGCCUCGAAAUCAGGUGGGAGAUCCCUUGAGUAACCCCAAGUUUUGGCGAUACGAGUGGACCAACUGGAAAGACUACAAAGACCCGCCCCACUUGAAAUCUCAUCUCGUGUUCCCAGAAAAAAGACUGGAAGCUUAAAAAGAAAAACAUUUUUUGGAGCAAAAUACCCAUUAAUUUUAAUUAGAGAAAUUAUAUAAUGUAUAAAACAACAAAAACGCAACACUUUACCAGCAGACUUGUUGGAUUUGCUAAAGGCAGGUGGGUCUCUGAGGCAUACACAAAUUAUAGAAAGCAGUCUUUGUCCAGAAUUCAGGACCUUUCCAGCUGCACCAGCCUUUGGUCUGAAUCACCGUGAGGUCUUCACCCUGCGUGUAGUGCGGAUCUAGAAUUAAGAAACGCAGAUCUCCAGUGUCUGGGUUGAAGGCGAUUCCAAUGAUGGUGUGCGCCAAAACCCCGCCACCUGCAAGAGAAUUGAUAUUAGAGA